GAGCCAGAGGCAGAGAGAAAGACAAGGGGAGUAGAUGCAAGAUUGAAUUCAAGACUUCACUGAGAAGAAGAAGGGAACUGAAGGACAACUUGUGGGACUGCUAAAAUGAGAUUGAAAUUGACUCCAGCAAUCUGGCCCAGACUCUGAAUUCCUCACACUGACUCGUUCAUUCCCAAAACAAAUGCAGGAAGCUGGGCGAGAGAGAUCAGCACACCGCUCCGGAUAACAGGAGCCAGUACGGCAACAGACCGGUCAUGCGAGUCUCUGGAGAAGAAACCAGGAGGAUAACUGAAGACACCAGAGAAGAGCGACAGGGCAGAUAUCCUCCACAACAUCUCCAAGACCACCACAGAUGUCCGGGGAAGGAACGGUGAGGAAGACUCACAGAUACUUGUGUGGACGGGACGGAGGACUCCUGAGGAAAAGGGUCCUGACAGAUGCGGGGGUCCCUGCGCAGGGCCCUGGGGUCGGCCCGCAGGGGCUGCUUCUUCAGGUGGCUGGGGGUGAAGGUGUGUCGUAGGAGCGUGCUGCUUGUCGUUCUGGUCUGGCUAGUCUCCUGGCUUUUCCUCAACGGCUUGGUGUUCGUUCACAGAAACAUGUUCUCGGACUUUUGCACUGACGACAAGAGCAAACAGAUUCUUCAGAGGGUGUGUGACGAUUAUCAGCAGGGUGUGUUGACUGGCGAUCUUUGCGAAGACCUCUGUGUGGCCGGACAUGUGGAAUACAAACGGUGCCUUUAUUACGAGAACGGCAAAAAGGUCAUGUCCGCCAACUGGCGCGGCGUGCCUGUCGUUCUCAAGUCUAAGCUGGAAAACUUCUCCUCCUAUGAGGCUUUAGCUCUGCUAGAGUACCAGGAUGCGGCGGGGGGAACGGGAGUCGAAGAAGAGCUCUCACCUCUGGAUGUCGUCUUUUAUGCCACCCUGGAGAUCAAGAACUCUCUGGGCCUGGAGACAGAAACGAACAUGACUCUGCCCCGGCUGUGGGGCCAGAGGCUAAAGGAGAAAGAGCGGACUUACUCACGAGCUGAGCUGGCCUCGCUCUGGGCUCUUCUUCAACAAGAGGAGUAUAUUUUUCUUAGAGUACUGCAAGACUUAACCCACCAUGUGGCUAAGAUCUUGGGGUCUUGCGGUCACUUUUAUGCAGUGGAGUUUUUGGCUGCGGGACACGCGUGGGACCAACACAUCUUCUCUUUGGAGGAGUUGUCACUCAGCCCUUCACCGAGCCCCUGGAGCGGAGGGGAGAGGAUGUUAACAGCAAGAGAUAUGGUGCCCCGGGUAGCACUAAGCUUUCUGGAGAUGGUGGAGCAUUUUGAAAACGAUUUUACCCAUCGCUUACACCUCUGCGACAUCAAGCCGGAAAACUUUGCUAUCAGGAAGGACCUGACUGUGGUGGCAAUAGAUGUGGACAUGGCUUUUUUCGAGCCUAAAAUGCAAGACAUACUUGAGCAGAACUGCACCAGUGACAAUGACUGCAACUUCUUUGACUGCGUUUCAAAGUGUGACAAGAGUAAAAACAGAUGUGGGUCUAAACGCAAAAACAGCAACCUACAGGUGAUCUGUGAGAAGAUCUUCAGGUCUUGGUUUUCUCCCACGCUUCUUGGCGCAAAAGCAGGGCUCCCCCUACAGGUAGAGCUGCAGCGAGCCGUGCAAGAAUGCGCCGAAACGGACGGCGGGGAGGAUGCGGGCCGAAGGCGGGCGGUGAGACAGCAGCUGCAGGGCCUCCUCACGGAGCUCAUCGAGGAGGAUACGGAAAGCCGAGGUGAAGGCCGGGAACACAAGAUGAGACGUGUCCACACCUCACUUAACUUUUGAGGGGGUGUUUUGGAUAGCUAUACAAGAUGUGCAAUGCUGGAGAUCUUUUCUGAUGACUGGAUUGUCUAAAGUCUGGACUACAUUCCUACAGCUUUUAAAACAAUCUUAAUUUUUCACAUCGGCUUUAGAGAUGUAUGUCACUUAUAUUAAGAGUGUAGAAAUACCUCUUACUGCUCUCAAGGAUACUAAAGAUCAUCUCAGAUAAUAAUAAUAUCAGUUUUAUUUGCUGGAGAGAAAUUGUUUAACUGUAUAUUUGUAUAAGCAUUUCAAUAAAUCAUGGUUUAGUCACGA